AUGUCAGAAGGUUUUGUAAACCUAUUCUCGGAUGAAAAUGAAUCAAAAUCGUUCUGGGAUCCAAAUUUACAUUUUCCACAACUCAGUGAAAAAUUCGAUGAAGAUUUCCAAAAUCUUAAUUUCGAUUAUGAUGGAGCUGCCAAGUUAGGUGGAGCUCUUGAUGAAGACAACGACAUAGCUAGAGAAAGUAAAUUCGAUGGAUCAGAAGAUAAAAGUUCUUCAUAUUGGAAAUCUGCGCGCUAUGAAUACGGAAUCAAUUAUAACAUUAUGACAAAGGAACCGAUUUAUGUAGAUAGAAAUCCUCCUGCCAAGGUUGAAGGGGUUGAAAUGGCUGAGUAUUGUAGAAAACUGUAUGAAUGCAAAGCUGAUCAGGAUUCUCUUCUAGCUGCUCCCGAAGUCGAACAUUUGGUGUAUGGAGAGAAGUGGAACGGAACCUUAUCAGAAUAUGAUUGGUGCUUACAAACAAACGCUGACGGCUUGGAUCAAUUGACAAUAUUAGACUUGCAAUCAGCUAUAUGCGCCUCACUCAACUCUAAACAAACCCUGGUUUGGGUUAUAGGGAUUGAAUCUACACGAUUAAUUAGAGGAGUCCCUAUGGAUAGAAAACAACGAGACUCUUUUCGACAAAGCUGCGACUUCGCUCUUUCGAAUGAGUUCUUACCUGCUCUCAAUCCGACACUUGUAUCAUUGCGUUUUUUACCAGUUGUAAAUGCCAGAGAAGAAGAAUUGUACGUAAUUGAAAUCACUGUACCUCAAACUGUGGACACUAUUUAUCAACUCUCACAUGGACGUAUAUUUUGCGUAGAAGAUGGGCGCCCGAAAUUAUUUGAAACGUUUAAUGAUGCUUAUCAAGUAUUGCUGAGUAACUCGGAGACCAAAUAUACCUGUCCAUAUCAUCCAAAAAGGAGUUCCACCUCACCGUUCUAUUUGGGCGUUUUUGCUGGUGUCAUCCUGAGUGUUCUUAUUAUUGGAGCUUACACUCGUUAA